GGAUAUGAAAAGUUGUCCAGUUUUUGAAAAGUUAAUGUUGUGUCAAGGUUAAUGAAUGUGUUCUUAGGUGCUGGAGAUCCAAGCCAGGAGAAGAACAGGUUCAGACAACUUUGUCUCCGCCAUGAGGAAGACGGUCGCCGGGCGGUACGGGGCGGAGCCGGUGGGAAUGGGCGGAGUCUUCCAGAUCAAGAGCGGCCGGGCAAAGCUCCAUGUCAUGGUGUGUGUGUGUGAACUAGAACCAGUGAAUAUUGGCAUGCAAUAUAUUAUUGGCCAGCACCCGCGACAAUGGAUCAGUAUUUAGAGUAUAGGAUGGUUAGGAGUUCUGUUCCUGUCCAUAAGACGAGCGUGUGUGUGACUAUUACGGCUCGUAGGUAACUUUCAGGAUGUUUUGUGUGCGUUUAAGUUGCGAAAGAAUUGCGGUUUCUCAUCGCACUACAGUAGUAAACUGUUGAGCUGGCAGGGAGUCCUCAGUACAGUCAUGCAGCUGAGGGAAAACAGAAGAGGAAAGGCUCAGUGUCAUCCACAGAUCAUUUAUUAGCCAAUUUUGUGAAUAAUUAUGCUCCUAAUGGCGGAAGUAUUCUGGAAUUAAAAUUCCAGUUUAAGAUUACGAGUUCACAUACUUAAUCACAUGCAAAACAUACCGAAAGUGUAGCGUACUCUGACGACCUUAAUUGUGCAUGAGAUUGGGCAUUUUCUUAAACAGCUGUGUUUGUUUGGGGUCCUGAUGAACUAAUAAACUAGGUUGGUAGCUGGAAUUUUCAGUGAAUGUGUACAGUAUAUAGCACAGUUCAACAGCCUUGCACUUAGACCCCUCCCUUUUCCACCCAGCCCGACUUCUCAGUCACACCACUGACAUCAGAUGAAGACGUGAACAAGUGGCUGAGGUUCUACGACACCUCCUCUCCCCUGGUCUGUCUCUCUGAGUUUGUCAGCCACGACCCUGGCCUGGACCUGCGUGUGGAACACACCCACUGCUUCAGUAACCACGGAGACGGGGGUCACUACCACUGCGACACCACGCCCGAUAUCGUUCACUACCAUGGCUUCUUCACUGUUGCUGAGCAACUGAUUCGUGUUGAUAGACCUCAACUGACUCAUAACUUUGGUAGAGAUUAGGCCAUAGGAUGGGUCUCACGCAUGCGCGCUUUGUGUGUGCUCGAUCGGCCGGCCUCGCACAGUGUAUGUACGCAUGCGCGUGUCCAGCUAUUACGUCAUCGUAUGCGUGUCGUAGGUGCGCUUCUUUUAGAAAAAAAACAGCUGGAAAGGAGAAGAUUGGUGGUGAAGGCCAAGCGGGCGAAUAAACAUUUCAAUCCUACUGAAGAUGUCGGUAAUUAUGCCUAGCGUGUCUUGUGAGAAGGUGAAGAAUGGUCUGUGGACACAGGGCUGGUGCAGUGAAGCUAAACUCUCUGGUGUUUGGUCGGCCGACGUCAGCCGCGGCUCCGCUGACCGUCCUCCACGGGAUGCUCGGCUCCGCUCGCAACUGGCGCUCCCUCGGACCUCGCAUGGCCGAGCGGCUGGACCGAGUAGUGUACGUACCUGACGCUAGGAACCACGGAGACAGUCUGCACACCUCAGACAUGACCUUUACCCUCCUGGCGAGAGACGUGGUCCAGUUCCUGAAGGAGAGGGACCUGGCGAAGACUGUUCUGGUCGGCCACAGUAUGGGCGGAUCCACUGCCAUGCUUACUGCUCUCAAGUAGGUGGUCGGUUAUUCCAGGUUAGAUUUGACAUAAUUUGCUGCAGCAAAUUGGCAUGCGGAAAGCGAAAUUGCACAUCUAUUCAAAUGUGUCAGUUUUACCGUGCUAAGAAAUGUUACACGUGUGAGGCUGAUCAAUGACUGACUGCAGGUAUCCCCAGCUGGUGGAGGCACUGGUGGUGUUGGAUUCCUCCCCAGAGAGACCGCGACGACAGCCCAGUCCGGUCGGGGCUCUCCUGGGUCUCCUCAGAGACCUCGACCUGGACACCAUCGCCAACAGGAGGGAGGCUGACGAGCAGCUACGAGAGAAGAUUCCAUCAUCUCCUCUGAGAGACUUCCUUCUGACUAACCUUCAUCAAGACGAGGAGACGGGCCGACUGAGGUGGAAGGCCAAUCUGGAGACACUGCACCGAAUGUUCCCCCAUCUUUCCACCUUCCCCGAUGUAGGUGGGGCCACAUAUACUGGCCCCACCCUCUUUCUGGGUGGCGGAAACUCUGAUGUCAUCGGGGAGAGCUCCCUGCCAAGUAUACAGAGGUUGUUCCCCCGUUCCACUGUGCGACACAUACCAGAAGCAGGCCACUUGCUGCACACGGACCAGCCGCAACUGUUCCUCGCUGCCUUGCAGGAAUUCAUACAGUCACUGUCCCUCUAGUUGUCAUACAGUCACGCAUUGUUGGCCCCACGCAUUAUGAAUUUCAUUCCUCUCGCAUGUUGAGUGUCAGUUGCGCAAGAUAAGAGUUACAGUUCGCAGUUAGAAGACUCUGUCUUCAGCCGGAGGGCUUGCCAGAGAGACAGAGAGAGCGUUACGCGAAGCUACAUACACUACAGUUGAUCCGGAGCUACUAAGCGGUUUUCCAGUUUCAAAGGCUGCUGCCUGGAGUGCGCCAUGAGUGCCCACGUGCACGUUCCUUGGAAGGCCCCCCAGCACCCAGCCAGCGUGAAACCGCUGCUGGAAGGCCUGGACCUCGCCUCCCCGGUCCGCUCUGGAUGCAUGUACAAGGAGGCGCACACCCACGUCGUCUUCCACAAGCGGUUCUUCGUCCUCUUCCCGCGGGUGCUGGUCUACUACGAGAAGGAGGCCGACUACAAGAGGGACUUGGCCAAGGGCUCGCUGGAGCACCGACACAAGGCCAUCGUAUUGGACAGUCUCUACCUCUCAAAGCCAGAGAAGAAAGUAAAGGGAGCAAAAUUUUGCUUUAUUCUCCACGCUCCGGACAAGAGUAACCCAAGACACGACUUCCUUCUUGUCACUGAAAGCAGGGAAGAGCGCAAGCACUGGAUCGAGGCCCUCCAAGAGCAGAAUCCAGCCUUGCUGUCAUCGGAGGACCACUCUCUACAUAUCCAUCCAGACACCCCACAGAUCCCUCGCAGAUCUGACAGCAGUAGCAGCACCUCCAGCAACGGUGUCCAACAUCACCACGUAGUAACACACCCGAGCAUGCUGGUGACUGAUCAUCCAGCUCGUCCCGGCUCCCCGCGUCACGAUAUUCAGAAAGUGGCCUCCAGCGAUUCAUGUGCGUCAAUGUCAGUGGACUAUCUCGAUAUUCGACAACUCAGCAUCAGAGAAGGGCCCAGUGACACGGAAGAGGACAACAACUGAACCUUAUACAUUUUAUAUACCGCUGCAAUGCUGUUUAUGUUUUUUGUAUCAACUGAUGCAGGCAAUCUCAUUUCAGUAUAACAAGAAUGAGUGGAAAAUUUUACAUAUUAUAAUCUUUGGACAGACAAUGAGAGACACAAAUUAGAUCUCAGUCAAUUCUUCAGAAUGGUUGGAGUCUGUGGAGAGGAUGGAAGGACUGUCAGCAUUGAAUAUGAGGGCGACAUCGCCAGGGUUGUAGCUCCCCGUGCUGAGCCAGGCAGAGUCCAUGUUGUCAACAGAGAGCACGGACUGUAAGGAAGUGUGCUGUAGCCUCAUCCUCUGAAUGUAGCACGGAGUCUUGUGCGGUAUCACGCUCUGCGUCAGACUUGUGUUCUGUGAUUGUAGCUGCUCUACCCAGAUCCUCAUGUCUUUCUUGGUCUGACACACGAGGAUGAAUUCCUGUCUAUGGUUGGAGCUCUCUGGAGUGUGCAGAGUGAAACUGUGCCUGAUCCCACGGAACAAAGCCUUGGGUCUUGUUAGAUACAGUCCAUCCAGCUUUACCAGUGUACAGUGUAGGGGCAUUCCUUUGCGUUUCUUCACAUCGUCCUCAAACUCUCGUUUGUGCGUGUAGUACACCAACAGACCGCCUUCAUAGAGUGCGAAAUACCUCUUGCUGAAGCUGUGGCCGCUCUUGUCCUGUUUGCACAUGUGUCCUACGACAAUUGGGUGCGGGGAGGACGCUGCGUCGAACGCCUCCACUGUCCGCUGGUGCUUGGCGCUGCGGGCGAUAGUAUGCUCCGAUGAUGCCAUGACCGUUGAGCUAAGCGACGACAUGCAGUGAGAAAUAGUAGCAUCUAAGGUGAAGCGGAUUGCUCAGUCUCGCU